AUGGGCCCCCAUAGUAUGGACCCCGCACAGGAUGAGACGGACAAACGUGGUGGAGGUGACGGUCCUCAUUCCGAGCUUGAAAUCACUGACAAGAAGGCCUGGCAAUUGGCUCUUAGCCCACCUGGGCUCACGCAGAAGGCCGCCCUGGAGGCCAAAACUGAAACUGUACCUGAAGAUCUGCACCGUGCAUUGCAACAGGACUGGUUGCCGGGCCGGUUGGACAAGGAACUUCAGAGCCGGUGUCAGCGUUUUGGCAUGGAUCCGUUGCCGCCUAGUGCGAAGAGGCAGCGUACUCUGGCUGAGGAAAGCAAGGGGGCAGCCUCAGGCUCAGACAACGAUGCUUCUUCAUCCUCUCCUUGGGAGUUUGUCCCAUCUCCACGGCCGCCCUUGCCAUCCUCGCCUGGGCCCCGAAAGGACCGGGGGUUCUUCCUGGACUGGAAUGUUCAGUGGCAAGCCAAGCUGCACUUGGAACUGAGUGAGCGGGGCAUACUUCGAUUGGGAGACGUGAAGGUUACUUCUCGACUCGGCCAAGUUUUGAACCUGCAGCAUCCCGACUCAGCGCCUUACCAUCCAAGGUUGGUGCCACCACCCACUUGCAAGGACUUUCCGAUUCAUGUGGCCUAUGCCAGCAAGAACACUGUUGCCCUUGAGUGUGACAGUGGCCGCCCUGCCGGCGGCCCUGAUGGCACCCUUUUGACUGAGACUCAGACCCAGAACUCGGACAACAAAGAAAUGACCGGAGAUGCAGGGCACUACCAACCUCAUGGAUGUGAUCCGGAUAGUUUGCCAGAACUUCCCUUGGAACAGCCAGAGCUGGAGCCAAUGGGGUUGUCGCAAGAGACAUUGAUAUUGGGUGAGUUUCCUCCUGGCUCCCCAUACAAUGAUGAGCGACCAUGCGACGACCGCCCAACCUCUGAAGUGGAUGAGGUUGCCAGUGAGCUAGAGGAUAACAAUGGUGGGGAUGCUGAUGCAGAGGGUGAUGCAAAGGAUGACGAUGGUGGGGACGCUGAUGCAGAGGCUGCAGAGGGUAGAGUGCUUUUCCCAGGAAGGCUUCUCAGAGAGAUGUCCAAAGAUGUUGGUCAGGGAUCCUCCUUCAACAGGGUUCCUAGUUGGGAUGGCCGACCUGAAACCUUUUUUCAUUACAUCACAGAGAUCAAAUGGCAUUUAGCUGGAACGAAAUCCUCAGAAAGACCGUAUGCAGCAGCAAGAUUAGUUCGUCGCAUCUUGGAGAGCGAUUAUCCUUCCCUCAAGUCCUUGGCCUACAAACUGGACCCAGCGGACUUCACCACCGAAGAUGCUGUGACUCGUCUGAUAUCAUUUUUGGAGGCUUCGCCAAUGAACCGGCAGCCAAUUCCGGAUGCUGGGCGGCAGUUGUCCGCCUACUACAGGUUGCUUCGGGAAAAGGAAUUGGAUUUCGACCAGUAUGAUUGCUCUCUAGAUGAAUUGAAAGAUUUUUGCGGCAUGGCGGACAAGAGGAUCAACAAUCCUCCCAAGGGUUUUGGACGGGGCAAAGGACAUAUGGCAAACAUAGUGGAAGAGUUUGAGGGUGAGGACAUGCAGUACCAAGACUAUUGGGGCAGUAGUCAUGACUAUCCUGAGGGUGAAUACCUUGAGGAUGGUUACUAUGGUGAAGAGUUUCAGGAGACCGCAGAUGAUCCUCAAGCUGAAGAGUCUGAGGUGAAUCCAGAAUCCAUGACCGAGGACCAAGCUUUGCAUGUGAUUUCACAGCUUCAAGAAGAAGAGAAAGAGCUGAAUGCCAUGAUGGUUGAUGCUCAGCGCAACUUGGAGCAAGCUAGACGUGCAGUCCAAGAAGCAAAGAAGGAUCGUGGCUGGAAGAGCUCAGGUUCAAAGGGUUCUCCACCACACGGUUCCCAGAAGGGCACCAGCACGUUCAUGCAGGGCAAGGGACAUCGGUCACAGACCAAUUUCUUUCAGCAGAAGGGGCAUGGGUUUCAUGGCAAGGGCGGCUACCACAACCGUCCUUUCGGUUCCUCUGGUUGGCGUCCACCGCAACAGAAUCGUUUUGCAGGGCGUUCAAACUUUCAGAAUAGGAAUCAGAUGUCUCAGAGACCUUCCUCUCAUGCUGGGAUGUUCAUGGAGCCUCAAGAGCACCACAUGAUGACUAUGACAGACAUGAUCCCCGAGGCAGAAUUCUCACCAGACCUUUCCUUUUUCCCAGUGAGCCAAGCGGAUUCACGUGCUGCCAUCCGACCUGAAGAGGCUAUCAUCGAUUCAGGUGCAACAGUGUCAGCCGGUGGCGAGACAGCUGUGAAGAACCUUCUCCACAGUUUGGCCCAAUCGCGGCCAGACCUUAGCUUGACAGUCGUCACAGAAGAUCGGCCAUAUUUCCGCUAUGGUUCGGGAUCAUGGGGUCAGGCUAGUUACAAGGCGGCAGUGGAGCGCGCUUUGGCCUCAGCUUCGGCGAAAGUGACGCCGAAGGCGAAAGCCAAAAAGGGGCCGAAGGGAGAGCUGGAUCCAACUCGGACCAUGGGAGUCCAUACCCAAGAUCCUCGUGCGAGCAAGGACUUUUGGCCGUGCAAAGGAAAUCACGACCCCAAGCAGUACUCCAACCCUCACGGAGCUUUGGCUGGAGCAUCAGGUCAGAGCACUCACAUGGACCUGCCUUCCAAUGUCGUCCGGGCCAUGGAGCACCUUCGUAUGGAGGGAUUCAAGGAGAACGAUGUCGACUCACGUCUUGUGAAGAAGACGAUUCGUUACAUCGAGGGCCAAGAGCUCAUCAAGGCCAAGAAGCCCGGGAAGACUCACGGCGACUUGGACAAAAGGGAGAAAGAGAAGGGAUAUCCAGCAGCCAGCGCCUCCAAUCCGACUCCGGGGCCGGAGAUUCACAACUUGGCCAGCGACGACGAUUCGUGGGAACAGCCAACUCCCAUGAAGAAGAAGGACUCUGGAACGGACUUCUACUUCGAGUGGCCAAAGAACGCAACGGAAGAUCAUCCUGAAUACCAAUCAGAGGAGACUGAGCGGAAGAAAGCUCGACUGGACACUGUGUCAGCUCUGCGUGCCAGGAACAUUCAUCUUUUGGAUCAAGAGACGCAGAAACUGGUUUUGGAGAGAAUCCACUUGCUGGAAGAGGAAGUCAAGAUGAAACAAGAGACAGUGCAGCUUCAUGAAAUGAUCACUCAGGAACGCGAAGAUGAAGCUCAUUUCCUGUCCUUCAUCCAGGACGACUUCCAGAGACCCGAGAAGGACCGUCAAUGGGUCUUCCAGAUUGAGUUCGACGUUUCGGAAGAGAUUGCUGAUGCUAAUCCGUUUUUGUACGCGAAGCGAGUCUUGGAAGGGAACAAAAACGUAGAGAUUACCUACAAGCAACUGUCUCCAGAGCAUGUUCCUUUGUUUGAUGAAGCAAAAGCCAGAGAGGACCCGCCAGAAUUUCUGGUACCAUCGCUGGAGGAUUUCUUGAAGAAAGGGUCCCCGGAGGUCCUCCUCCAGCUGAUUGAGUCGAAGAGGGAUGAGUGUGCAGCCCUCUUCAAACGAAUGCAGACUUCACCAGACCAAGCUGUGGCCAAGGCAGAAGCUAAGGUCAAAGCUGCCAGCAAGAGAAAGAACCAGGAGGCAGCCUUUGAUCAGGCCAAAGUCAGGACAGAAGCUGCCCAAAGCGUGCGUGAUGCCAAGAAGAGCUUGGCUCAAUUGUCCAAAGAUCUUGUGUUGGAAUUGGUGAAGAAGAUUGAAUGCGAGGGCAUGUUGAAGGAUGCGAUUUGUACCGGCAGCGAUCGGCCAACUUUCGAUGCCUCCAUCUUCGCAAGCCUUUUUCCCAACUACGCUGUGGAGAGCGUGCUGACGCACCCGACAGACUUCGGCUUCCCUGUUCGUAGAACAAGGUUAUACACUUUGUUGGUUCGAGAUGAUUUCAAGUUGCUGCGUGGCAUGGAUGAUCUUCACCGCCUGUAUAUUUCCCCAGGGAUGGACUGCAGCGCAUUUCGUGCUGCGGAGGAGCAAGAGGCAAAGAAAACAGUACAUUCUGCUUGGUUGGACCUGCUGCCAGUGGCAGCCGGGGUUCACUUGCAAAGUGCGUUGAAGCUGGAGAAGGUCCGCGCUGCACUCGCGCGGUCGCCCGCCAUUGCCAUGCGUGAAGUUGCCAUCAACCUUUCCCAGAACCCACUAUGCCAAGAACAUUUUGGGAGCGUGGCCCCUGUAGUGCUGGCGUCUAGCACUUGCAUUUGGGGCGUGCUCCAGGGAAGGCCUUACACUGCCAAGGAAAUGCUUGAGAUGCAGGGCAUCCCGAUUCACACUGAUGCACUGGAAGCAGCUCAGAUUUCUCGACCGUUCUUUGACCCUGGAGUGGUCUCUGUCGCAGCGCAGAAGCGUCUCGCUGGGAACAGUUUCCAGCAGGGUUGCAUGUCAGCAUUCCUGUGUUUUGCUUUGGCAUUUGUGAUGCCUGCAAAAGAGUGGGAUGAGAACAAGAUCCCUGUGGCCAUCCGACCACGGCUGGCAUCCAAUGCACGCGUGUGGUGCUUGGGUUCUUCUUCUGAGGCUGAGGAUGGUGGCAGUGAGGAGGAGUAG